UCACCCUUACCAAAUUAGCCUUAUCGCUGCCAUCGCUAUCAUUCUCAGCGCCGCGCUCACCGCCAGUCGUCACCAUCAACACCAUUUUGAAUUUGAUGCUGCAGUGUAUAGUGCAUCACUCGAUGACGAUGAUCAUGUCAAUGAGGAUAUUAUUGUACUCAUGUCGGACUCCAGCUCGCCCGACCCGGCCGCCUCGCCCUCCGACGCGGACCUGAGGAGGAGGAGGAGGCGAAGGCUCCUCCAGAUGGGGGCCCGCGACUGCUUCCCCCCGGUGUGUUCCGACUCGGACGACGACUGGUACGAGGAGAUGCGAAUGAGGGCCAUGAUCCGCGGAGACUCCUGGGGAAGGCGCAUGUGGAUGCCGCCGCGCGCGGUCUUGCCGGAACCGCAGGAGGAGGAGGCCGAGGGCGCCGACGGCCUCGUGGAACUCGGACGCGUGCCCAGCGACGCCAGGCUCUUCGAGGCCAAGGAGAAGAUGGAAAAUGGCGAGAUCGCGACCCGCUUCGUGCUGCAGAUGCCGUCCUUCGUGCCCCCCGAGCUUCUGGGCAACUCCUCCACAGAGCUGGGCCCUUCGGCGGCCAACUGCUACAACCUCCUGAUGGCCGACGUGUCCGGAUCGAUGAUGUCGUACUGGCCAGCCGUCAUCUCGGGCUGGAACACCUCCAUCGCGCCCAAGCUGAGGGGGCGCACAGACAUCUAUGUCUUCGGCACUACCGUCGAACUGCGGAGGACUGGUACUGAGCUGAAGCAGUCAGACUUCACCAGCGGUCAGACAGAUUUGACAGGUGCCCUGCAAACAAUCGUCGACAAAGUAUACACCUGCAAAGAGAAAUAUGUCAAGGUGUUCAUCAUUACUGACGGGGACCACAACCAGACGUAUGAAUCUCCAGAUACCGUCAUAUCGCUGAUGAGGGAGCCGAAAGGUAAAGUUUGCGACGUCUAUUUGCUGGGGGCUGGCGACAGUUUCCCCGUUCAGUACAGCGUCAACAUCCGGUCACGUCUCCACAAUGGCAGCGCCAAUCUGCCGACACUCUUCUGGGCCGAGGAUCAUACAGAUGUAGAGAAUCAAAUGAAUGCCAUCAGCAAAAGCCUUGCUAGCAUGAAUGAAAGAAGUUUAAAGCUUUCUGUCCCGGGCUGGAAACUGCCCGGCACUAAAUCCACACAAAAUUUCCAUAUUUUAGAGUGGGUCUACUUUCCAGAGGAUCCUGAAAAGCAUGGAAGUCUCAAGGUCUCUCUUAAUAAGUAUGUGUGUCAGCUGGCUCUGGAGCGCACAAAGAUAACAACCGACAUCUUGAGCAAGGUAAUGCGCCAGUGGAACAGCGUGGCCGUCCAGUUCCACAAUGUAAGGAAACGGAUUCCUUCGGACCUGCUUCCCUUCAUGGAGCGUCUCUUUUAUACUAAUCUGCAGAUGGGAAUUGAAGGACACUCUGUAGCAGCAAGGCUUGCACGAGUAAAUGCCAAGACUAUUGAGGUGGAAUUCAGAACAAAUAUGAACAAAAUCAAGGAAAUCCUGACCACUGAGAAACACAGUGAUGCCCUAAGAUUAGCACAAAACAUCCUCAGCACCACUGUGACUGCUGGCAAAUACGAAGUCAAGUCCCUGCAGCUGAAAGGCCACACUGAGCUUGAUUAUGGAAAGGACUGUCAAGAAUUCAAGAAUGUGUUUCAGACGAAAAAGGCAGAGCUGAUGGCCGUGACUGUAACGCCGGAGGAGUGCUGCCGCAUAACCAUGAGUUCAACCAUCUCGGACCUCCAAGACGAAGACUUCCUCCAGAUGCUGAGUCUGAACAAGUAUGAGUUCCUCAAGCAUUUUACCAUGAGUGGCAUCCCAGUGUUUUCGCCAACCAGAGACUCGGUUAGUUUAAAUCCCUGGUCCUACAAUAUCACGAGGAUACUUAAAUCCCCGUACACCACCCUGAGUCAAGUGGCCAUUGAGUCCUAUGCCUCAAAUAAAGAACCCGGCGCACGUCAUAAGGACAUCAAGCUGAAAGAGGAUGAUGAUAAUACUCAUUUCAACGCUGUCAUCCCAGUCUUUAGCCCAGAAGUUGCAAAGGUGAUGGAACCUCUUGUGCAAACACGUCUUUAUGCCAUGUGUGUUACCUUCGCCAUUCUCAAGAACCCUCACAUUAUAGAGUUCAAUAUACAUAUAGCGGCUCUGGCUACCUGCUGGGUGAGGAUACUGUAUGAGUACCCAGAAGUCCCACGGCCAGAGUAUGUUCGCCUCCGAGAGGAGAGCAUAUUCGCCACGGCUUCACUGUACAUGAAGAGGAAAGGCAAUGUCGACUACUGCAAGCUCCUGACAGAGGACACCCCACAGGCACUGAUGACGGAAAGCUCUGUGAAGAUAAACAAACGUUCAGUCAAGUGCGAGUCUCUCAUCAAGCCAAUGUUUAUGCUUUACUUCCUAAAGCAAAGUGAAGAAUUAGAGAUGGUAGAAGUUGCGAAGAUUGUCCGGCUGAUUUUGGUUGAAUUUGUCGGGCGCAACUUGAGCCACAUCAGGAACUCAAAGAAAAACAACACACCUUAUACAGACUUCUUUGUGGCAGUGCUUAAGGAUGAAGAUAAGAAAAAGGAGUUUUUAGAAAGGUAUGCUGAGAAGGUAAAGUCGACAAUCGAUGAAAGGGACAGCUCAGCAGCCUUUCCUCUCUCAAAGUUCUACACACUUGAGGAAGUCCAGAAAGAGGCCAAAAAGAAGAGCAUAGUGCAGAUGAGAGCGGUCAGAGAGAACCUGGCACUGCCGGUGCGGGUGUGCAUGGAUAAGGUGGAAAGACUAUUUAAUGUGUCCCUUGCCGGAGCUGUCUCAUGGCGCACCCUCAGGACCUAUGCCAGGGAGAUGGGCCUGCCCUCAGAUGUCGUUGAAGACCUGUUUGCUGAGAAGAGUGCAUUCGUUUACACUCAGCAUGCACUGCGGUACAGUUCUUCGAAGGAACGUCUGUCAGCUAAGAUCGACAGCUAUGACGAUGCCUUUAGUUAUGUGAUGAAGCAAGUCGAAAUGGAAAACGUAAAAAAUCUGGUAAACACGCUUCUAAAUAACAUGGUCAGCUCCUACCAAAGUGCCUGGCUGACUGAAUACUACCAAGCCCACUCUGAUGUGGUAAGACCAAUGAGCAAGGAGCAGAUUCUGGCGGAGGCUGCUGCCCGUGGAAUCGAGGUCACAGCUGCGAAUUUUGAUCAAGUAUACCGGAAAUACCGCCCACAUCUAGGGCUUCUGAGCAACGCCUGUCAGUGCCCUUCCUGCCCCUUUUUCCUCCAGCCAAACAAGAAGUACAAUCAGCACGCCAUCGUGGAGCGGCGCAAAUCAACUCUGUUCCCUCACGGAUUCCACCAAGUUGCAUACAACUGUCGUGAAGGAGGCCUCAAGAAUGCCAUCAGCGAGUUCCAGACUGGCACCUACAGGAAACACAAGGGCCAGGGCAAGCCAGUGUCAAAGGACGCCAUCACUCCCCUUCUUCAAGACAUGGAACAGCUGACAGUCACUUAUUCUCGAGCCAAGUAACUGAUACAGAGGGAGGGAGGUGAGGUAGGGCAGGGAGCUUGUCCAUCCACACAGUUCACUCAAGAAUUAGAAUGUUUUCCUCUGGGAGAUUAUUCACUCAACCUGCGUUUUAUCACACUAAGCCCAGCUUUUCGUGGUACCUUACUUUUCCAUGCAUUGUCUCGGAACUGUCUGUUUUUUAUUGAUAUUACUCUUAUUGUUGUUGUUAUUAUUAUUAAUUACUAUUAUAAUUUUCAUUAUCAAUAUUAUUAUUAUUGCUGUUGCUGUUGAUACUAUUAUCAUUAUCGUUUGAACAGAAAAUGUGACUAUUUUUUUACAGGUAAAUGAGUCACUUUGCUUCUCCCAUACAGACAACCCCAAAUAUGUUUUUUUCAUGUUUUUUUUUUUUUUUUUCGAUAAUUACAACCAAACUGUUAACUAUGAUAUGCAGGAAGUAAGCCUCCUUUCAGGUAGAAAUUCUCAACCAACGUCCACAGACCCCACGAUUUCUUUCUCAUAAACGGGGAUGUGAUUAUUUCUUUAUAUCAAUUGCUAGUUGAACUUCUCAGAGAUAACUUGGUCCGCGUUAAAGGUUGCUUUGUGCCCACACGGUGCAGCCUCCAAGUGGCGUGGGCGGUAACAUACGCAUAGGGGAGGGGGGCAGAGCUUGGCACUGAGAGAAAGGGAGGAGACGAGGGGGAAUGAAGAAGGGGAAAGAAACGGAGGAUGGGAACAAGCGAAGAGGGUACGAAUGAUGUCAGACCUGUCGUAUGGCAGAUGCACCUUUGUGUAUAUAUAAGACUAUUACAUGGGAAGUAUUAUAAUUUUGCGUGUGGACUGGAUAUAUACAUAAACAGAAAGUGUCUGUGUGUGUUUUGAAAUAGAAAUAAGAAAUAUAGACAUAGAGAUAGGUUGAUCUAUAUAAUAGGAUAUUACUGCCUGACAUUUAUGUUUCUUGAUUUCAUGUUGUUGAUAGAGUUUGUGUUUGGUAAAGAUAGUCUAGUUUAUAUAUAUUCUAUAAGAUGUGUGUAUCGUUACUACAUUUGCUGUUUCUGGCCAAAUUUCCCCCUGAGCAACGGAUCUGUUGUUUGGAUGAAAUUCUGGUCGGAAUAUUUAAUUACUAUUCUGUUUAUUCAACUUUCUAGACAAAAGACUGGACACCUAAGCUCUUCUUUAGUAUAUCCUGAGUAGGAUAGGAUGAUAAUGAGUUUAAGUAGAAUUGAUUUAGAGUUUUAAAAAUAUAGACAUGCACUCUGUAUAUAGUAAUAUACUGGUGUUCAUAUCAGUGCAUAGUCCGUAUAUAUUUUUUGUAUAAAAAAUCCAUUGUAAUGUUAUGCAUAAGGUCGAAAAAAAAUAAUAAGAGAUAUCAUUAA